UCUUGCCCUCUUUUUAUAUCAACUUCUCGCGUUUGUUCCGUGCAGCACUGCUAAACGAAACCCCGUUGAGAACGCAGAAAGGCUGGAACCUGGGCCAUAUCUGGGCUUCGGCGUGGCCCAAGGUUCAUCGACUUCACGCUGAACUCGAAGAGCGACUCAAGCGUCGCCUGUCCCUAUCGCAAACAUGUCACAACUACAACAAGACUGUUCCUCGCUGUUAACCAAUAUUGCAGCAUUAGCGGUAUAUGCAACUGCCUUACGGGUAACAGACGUGGCCCGCUACGAACGAGUCUUCGGCGUCCCCGCCCCCUCGUUUGCUUUCGCCAUAGACAACAACGCGCAUUCCGUGGGGACCACGGACACCGUGGACCCAGUGGCCUUGACGACGGGCGAUGCAGCUCGCGGGCAAGAUGCAGCCGCCGCCACGAAGGUUUACUGGAUGACAAUAUGCAUGUUGGCUGGAGUCGAACUUCUCGCAUGUAUGGCGUUCUGCCUGUUAGUCUCGACUAUCUGGAUAGUGUAUCUUUGCGUGGAACGAACUCAAAGAGCGGCCGAUGAUUUGAAUCUGGGAAACUUCUCGCGCAGGGGUCGCACGCCAAACAUGACUAGCGUGGGCAUUACUAGCCCUAGCACAACGGAUGCAGGCGGGCCGAUUCGUCUCCCGGACACUCCCAUCACAUCGGCCGAGGAACUCCGCCAACGCAGAAAUCCCGAAGAGGGUGAAGAUGUGAUGGCUUACACAAUGGCGCAUUCCACCGCUGGGAUUUGCUUUACGACGAUGUUGCACAUCCUCCCUUUAAUGGGCAUCCACCCUCGCAACCCCCGGCAAACGGGCAUUCCGAACGGAAAGGCGAGACAUUUUCUAACGGUCAUCAUCAAGUUGUUCAUGCUCGUUGUUCUCAUAAAAGUGUUUCCGCAAGUGGUCGGGCUAGGCUAUGUAGGGGACGGCGUUGGGUGGACGGGCGUUGUUGUGGCGGCGAUUGCCGACAUCUCCUCCUCCGUCACGGCCGAAUCCGAGAACAAGCCCGCGCGCCGUACGACUUGAUUGACCUCACGGGCGUUUCCUACUUGACACCCUAAACUUUCAAGGGCGAAUUGCAAUUUGAGCUAGCGAGACGAUGCUAUUCUUCAGUCUAAUACAAUAUUCCACUUGCGGUAUGCCGCAGUAAAUAAGCGUCCUUCCUGUGAGGCUCUGCUAUUCAUGACCCACCUCCGAAAGCUAAGAUGGCACCCCACGAUGCAGGAUAUCUUUUUUUUUCUUAUUAACGAGCGUUAUGAGCCAGUUCGCCGCAGAUUCCCGAUGCGGCGCGCCGUUUUCGAAGGCAGGAAGGCCGUUCUUCAUUUCGAACUUCAUCACAGCUUGACGGUCAACUGUGUGGUUAAACAACUUACGGCUUUACGUCUGGCAUGACGCUCAAAGUUUAUUUCAUCGGGAAGUUUACCGCCAGUACUAAAGUGUUGCCGAGGCGGCCCGCGGCU